UCUGAGUCGCUUUGUUGUACAAAAAUUUUUAUGUUAGCCGUUUUUUAUUGAAGUUAUACUUUGUUCUACCAAUGAAUAUUACCGCAACGGAAAUUUACUUAUUGUGUGUAAGACAGUUAUUUCGGGUGAUUUUUCAUCACAAGAAGCUGAUCCUCAUUAAACUUGAAUUAUGAUAGCGUUCAAGACUAAAAAAUUGUUAGUAAGCUUUUGAAGGACAAAUAAUCUAUUUUAAACAAUCAAGCACUUUGAAAUAAAUUUAUUGUAGGAUAAGAUAAAUUAUUCAAAACUCCUCAAAGAAUUAUUCAGCAAGUGUUUGUAUGUAAUCAUAAAUAAAAAAGAUGUACAGAAAUUACUGAAAACUAGAAUUAAAGAAAAAAAUGUUAAGGUAGGAUGUCGGAAGGUAGUGGUACCGAAAAAUCUGAGCUGUUUGGGAAACGGCAUAUAUGUUUAUGGACGCUACCACGUGACUCGAAGCCUAUUGUUCGCGUCGAAGUGAAAUGUGGAGAAAUAUUAUGUGGUAGCUUAUUUGAAAUAGGAUGCGAUACAAUAGGUUUAAAUAUUACAAGCCGACCGUUUUUUGCUUUGUUUCGCGGUAUAACUUAUCCGACUAAGAAAUACGAAUCCGAUGAAAUCAUUCGGCUUCCUUGCAAAGCAGCAAUAUCAAUUCAAAAAUGGUGUUUUGAUCUUACGAACGAGAUUAAAUCAAUAAAAACCGAUGCAGAAGCAUACAGACUUCUAGCUUUCCAAUUCAUGUUUGACGUUGAAAAUGGAAAAAUAAAGUUAAGUUCUGAAGAUCGGGAAAGAUUAGAGAUUCAUUUAGGUCAAGAUUUUCCUUGCUACAAACAGUAUGUUGACAUAGCAAGAACAAUUGAAGGAUAUGACUCAUUCGCAAUUCAAAAUGUCACCGUCUUAAAAAAAGUAAAACUGCUUAAAAAUGUUCUUCAGAAGGGAAGUAAAGUUAAUGUAGUGUGUAGUUUGAAAAGGCUAUCUCUUGUGUCAAGCUCAAUUCAAGUGUCGAUACCAUGGCGAAAGAUUCGGAGAUUUGCUGAAAUUCAAGAGACGAAAUCUAUUAAUUUGGAAAUUUUUUUGGCCGACGAUCAAGCCUUCGCUUGGAUUGAAGUUCAAUGUCCGCAAGGAACAUUACUUCUUCAAAUCAUAGCGGAGUUUAUUGAUAAAGUAAGGGAAAGAUUAGAAAAGCCAAAAUUUCGUCAACCAAGUUGGGUGAAUCAGCCUAAAGCAAAUACACUUACCUGGGCUAUGAUUAAGCAAGAAUUAUUUUCAGUGAAGAAGGAGAGGGUGGUGCCAAAGUUACAAACAUUUGAUGAACUUGAAGUUAGUUCUUCUGAAGAUGAGCUAAAAGAAGAAGAAAUAGGAACUGUCAGUAUUUCACAUAAUAAACAAAAGAAAAAAUACAUUUCUGAACCAUCCAACAGUGCAGGAGUUUUUGACGAGAAGAAAGAUCAUUCAGACAUAGAUAAUGCGAUAGAUGGAACUCCGGAUUUUUCGUUUUUGGAGAUAGGUGAAAGAGAAAAAAUUGAUGAUAUAUUUAAUUUGUAGUAGUAGAACCUACUAUACCUGUUAACAAACAAAAUUUUCGUUAACAAGGAAUUCUUGCUUUUGUCGACAAUAAUUUUCGCCUGCAGUGAAACCUAUUUAUAGCAGACAACAUUGGAACCUCAAAAGGGUGUACAGCAAAGAAAGGUGUCCGCUUUAUAAUAAGAGGUUCUUGUCAAAUUGGCUAAUUUAACUUCAAAAUUUCACUCUUGUGAGAUAAUAUAUACUAAAAUCGACCGUAAAGUAGGUCAAGGGGCUGGUUUUGGAAAAACAAGAUACUCAUAAAACACUAACAAAUAAAACAAAAUAUUCUUUGCGAGUUUUCAUUUUAUGGUACUAAAAAGUUUUUAUCUAUAUCAGUGUAAAUAACCUGUUUACAAACAUUGUUUUACAAGCCCAUUGCAAGGCGUGUCCGCUUCAAAGAGAUCAGUUCUAAAGGGAAUUAUCAGGACCUUGAAAUGACGUACACUUUAGAACGUUGUCUGCUAUGAAGGUUCCGCCACAUGGAU